AUGGGCUACAAGUGGCAGUUUAAAGAUGAACAUGGCAAGUGGAUUGACUAUGGAGAAGUCAGCUCCGAUUCUUUCUUGAAAAUGCUUCUCGAAGAAGAACUUCCUCAAGUCCCUAGGGUACAAGAGUGUUUCAUUGUGCCAAUUUCACGAUACCAAGCUAAGCACGCCAAAGUUCUAGCUCUUCUCAAACCCACCUACCCAAACGGAAACCCCAUACGCAUCUCUAAAAUCAACAACCCUUACCUACCAAAUGCUUUUCAAAACAAGAAAGUUCAGAUUCAAUAUCCGAGUGUUCAGUACAGGGAACAAUGUCUCUUCCAUGGCACAGACUCAAAAAAUGUCAACGUCAUAGCCGAAAAAAACAUCGACUGGCGACUGCUUGGAUCGUCCGGCAAAGCACAUUGCUACGGACGAGGAGCUUAUUUCUCGGACAAAUCCAACCUCCCCAUCGACACCACGGUUGACGAUACCGCCAACCCGGAAAUAUUUGUCAAGUAUGAUACCCAGGAGUACUACCCGGUGUACUACGCGUUGUUUGGAAGUGUAGAGUACUACCAA